GACGAUCUUUCGCAAAAAUCAUAAAUCCGUUCCGUAAAAAAAAAAUAUUUAAAAAUUAUUUACCAUAAACGGAAGAAAUUCAGUAAAUCGAUUAAAAUUAAGGAAUUUUUUAGAAAUUUUCAACGUGCUUUAAAGUGCCAUAAAAAAUAAAUAGUCUUCAAACAAAUAAUUUGCUUGCAAAAAUAUAAACAAUAGAAAAAAGUCAAAGAUAGUCAAAAAAGUGCCAAAAAACUCGAAAAAUUUAUCGAAAAGUGAUUUUUUAAUAAAAAUUUCAACGAAAAAAAAAAUAAAAAAAAUUAUAGAAUUCAUCGAACGAUCCGAAAAUGGAAACUAAUAAACAGGAGGCGGCUGGAGGAGCCGAAGCCGGGCACCAUCCGCAAUCGACGACAAUUGGAACGAUCGUUGUCCAAGGAGGACCGUUGCAACUUGUCAUCGCCGUUUUGCAGUGUGGUGACUUGCUGCAUAUCAAAGUUGCUGACAUCAUACCAAAGUUGACAUUUCUCGGAAAUAAUUUAGACGAGGCUCUUCAGUUACAGAAGCAACAUGAGGAGUUGUACAAACAAAUUCAGGAAAUGCCGUCACCCAUUUCCGAAUUCUACAGCAAAGUACAGGAGAAAAUCGCUACAAACACCCGAAUCGAUCCAAACUUAGUCUUGGACAUGGCGAAAAACCUGGAAUACAUCUGGCAAGACAUCCUCCGGAUACUCCAGUUGCGUCGCAUCAUCAUCCAAUACAACGUCUCGUUCUUCGAGAAGCUCGGCCAAACCUACGGCAAAAUGUCGGCACUCGAAGUCGCCUGCAACGACACGAUGAUCGUCAUGGAAACGGAAGCCGUAAAAGAUUUCCUCGAGAAAUUCAAGCAACUUCGCCAAGAAAUGCUCGCUACCGUCAUGGAAACGCUCUCCGAAGGCAACCAACUGCUGGACCAACUUUACUCGCUCGUGAAUCAAGGCACACUCGAUUCGCGCCCCGACUUCAUCAAACACGACGCCUUGCAAUCCGUCAAAAAAGUCGAACAAUGGCUCGAAGACUUGCACGACAAACGCAACAAUCUCGAGAUCGCGUGGCAAAAUCGUCGUGCGCAACUCGAACAAUGCCUGGAACUGACGUUGCUCAGCAAGGACUUGAUGGAAAUCGAAAAUCAGCUGAACCAAAGACGAAAUGAGAUUUUAGGGACGUUCACGAUGGGCGAAAGUGAGUUGGAAGCGGAUACUUUGCUUGCCGAGCACAAGGGAAUGAAGCAAGAUGCCGCUGCGUUGCGAGAUAAAGCGUUAAAAGUUACAAAAGCGGUCGAGGCGAUUGUCAAUAAUGACUUUGUCGCUGGCGAAGAAGUCGCAAAACGCGCUUAUUCGAUCUUAAGUCAGUGCAACGAGUACUUUGAGGAGAUCGAACGUCGCGAAACGCUCUUGGAACAGGGAAAAAAGUUCUUCAAUCGCGCCGAAAAGGUCCUCGAGUCACUCGAAAAGCAGGAAAUUGACAUUUUGAACUUGCCCCUGAGACCGGGGUCACCUCAUGUCAUUCCCACACACAUCCGGAUGCUCGACGAAAUCAAAGAUGCCGUCGGCGAAGCACUCAAUAUGGGUUACAGCAUCCUCGACGAAGUCGGUCCGACCAAACCUGAGGUGUAUGGCGUGCAAAAAGCCAUCGAAAAAAUCGAAGCCCGCAACGCGCAUCUCGAAAAUUUGUGCCAGAUCAACAGCGAAAAGUACAUCAAGAUCUCCGAGGCGCUCAACAAGUUCCUCGAGAAGCACAACGAGCUCUUCACGUGGCUCGAACACCAAAAAACCGACAAAAUUAUCGGCGGCGACAUCAACAACAUGGGAAAAAAUCUCCCCGAAGCACGUGAUUGUCUUGCCAAACACUCGGAAUUCCUCGCAGCGCUCGAAGAAAAAGGAAACGAAAUCAACAAUUUGCUCGGAAAUCUCAAAUCCAUCGUGGAAUUCUUGGAUGACUCGCAGCGAAAAGACGUGGACCAAAAAAUCGAAGCUUUGCGUAAAAAUUGGAUCGAUUUGAAGAAUUUCGUGCUUGCGAGAACGGAUAUUAUUGACACGUACAUUCGAUUCCACGAAAAAACGGAAGUCCUGAGCGAAUCUUUCAAAAAGUUAGAAAACGAUAUUCGUACGUUGAGUAAUCGGGAAGAGGAAAAAGUUGAUGCCGAUUGGGCCAAAGUCAGAAAAGAAUUUGGCGAAUUGAAGAACGAAGCGAAGACCUUCAAGGAACAAGUUGAAAAGGUAUCAGACCCAUAUUUGCAAACGGAGGCAGCCAGUUCUGUAAUUGAAAAGAUUCUAAACGGAUUUGCGAAACGCGAAGCAGACGUCACAAAAGAGUGGGAAAAUUGGAACUUGAAGCAUGAAAUAGACGGAAUCCUGCAAGAAAUCAUCAUGUCGAACCAAGAGACUCUUUCUGCCACGAGCAAAAUCGAAGCGCAACUCUAUCCGAUUUUCAACACGGAUCAAACGAAUCCCGACGAGUUGAUUGUCUUCCUGGACCAACGCAUGACUUCGGUGCACACCGACAUCGAGUUUGCCGACAAUGAACUUGCGCUGCGUCUCGAAAAAAUCUCGAAACUCGAGUCACGUGAUGCGGAAACGAACGAAAAGAUCGAAAGUGUGCGUCGCAGCUUGCACGAAAUCAAGAAUAAAUUGACGGAGAUACGGGACACGUACAAACGCAUCGUCGCGGAAAAUCAAGAAUUCUUGCGGUGUGUUAGUGAGGCGCGUCGUCACAUUCAAACGUACUUCACGGACAAACCGAGUGUCGAGGAAAUUGGCAUUGAAUUGUACGCGCAAGAAUACGAAAAGUUCAAGUACAAGACGAUGGAGAGUUUUCGCGUUUUGUUGCAAAAGAGCGAGUUGCUGAUCGAAAAAUUGAAGAAACGUGAGCCGCAGGGCGCCAAGGAGCACGAUACGGAUCGCAUUGUGACAGUGCUCGAACAACUUAGGACCUACUUUGAUGGCUUGGCGGAUCAGGAGAACGCGAAAAUCCGAAAAUUGCAAACUUUGGAGGAUUAUAAGAAGACGCAGCAAGACAUCAAGAGCAAUAUUGAAGACUUGGAUCGUCAACUUGACAAAUUGGAAGGAAAUUACGGAGAUUCAAGUGCUUCGGCGAAGGCAAUUUCCUUGAGUUUUGAAUAUUUCGAACGAAAAAUCGAGUCUUUGGGCAAAAAUAUUGAAAAUUUGAAAAAUACUUCGAAAAAUAUCAUUGGAACAUAUCCGGAUGUCGAGUCACAAGUAACGGGAUCAGCUAAUGAAGUUAAACAUAUGUGGGAUGAAUUGAAGGAAAAGGCAAAGAAGGCACGAAAAUUGAUCGAUCUCUCAAUUGAAUAUUUCAAUUUAAUUGAUCAGAUCGAAACCGGAUAUCGUCGUCACUCAACAUAUUUAGUGAACAUGUCUGCCCUUGCCGAUCAAGUAAACACUCCUGAAUCGGGCGAACAUCUGUCCCGCGAACUGGAAAAGUACAUUAACGAGCAUGAGCAACCUCAACUUGACGAUUUGAAAAAUCUCGCGGGCAUGUCUCACAACAUUUACAACGAAGACCGAACUGUUCCAAUUCACACGGAUAACAUCAUUUUGUUCCAACAAUUCCACAAACUCAAAGCUGACAUUGAUGAAAAAGUUGAACAACUUAAGGAUCAAGAAGCGAAACGCAUGGAAGCUGAACGUCGUGCUUUGGAAGAAAAAAUGCGUCAAGCCGAACUCGAACGACAAUACAAGAAUUUGUUGGAUCAAAUUGAGUCGGCGACACGUCGUUUCAACAGUUAUCACGCAAAUGUCGCUGAAUUGGCGGAAGGAAUCAAUUCACCUGAAUCCGGAGAACAUUUACUCGAAGAAAUCCAAAAGUACAUUCAAGGAAACGAACAACCACAAAUGCUUGAUUUGGAUAAAUUGAAGGAAAUUUCCAUGAGUGCGUAUGGCGAAGAUCGUACCGUGCCUGUAAAUAAAGAAAAUGUCGACGUUUUCAAUGGGCUUCGUGCCUUAGAGAACGCUUUAUCCGCUAAAGUUGCUGAAUUAAAGGCUAUUGAAGCCCAAAAAGCGGAGGAGGAACGUCGUGCCUUGGAAGAAAAAAUGCGCCAAGCUGAACUUGAACGUGAUUACCAUAAUUUACUCGACCAAAUCGAAGCUGGAUAUCGUCGAAACCAAACUUAUCUCAUUAACACUACAGAUUUAGCUCAACAAAUAGCAACUCCUGAAUCCGGCGAACAUCUCAGCAAGGAAGUUAUGAAAUACUUAACUGACAAUGAAGCUCCCCAACUUGCAGAAAUCGGUAAAUUAGGCGAAUUAUCUGUCAAAGCCUUCAACGAAGAUCGUUCCGUGCCCAUUAAAGCUGAAAAUGUUGAUCUUUUCGAUCGUUUGAAGGCCUUGAAAGCCAACAUCGACAAUCGUGUUGCUGAUUUGAAGGAACAAGAACGCCUGAAACAAGAAGAAGAAAAGAAAGCAUUAGAAGAGGAGCUGAAACGUAAGGAACUUGAACGUCAAUACCUCAAUUUACUCGAUCAAAUUGACGCUGCCUAUCGUCGUCACAAGCAAACCUUGGAUAACUUAUCUGGAUUGACGUCAGAAAUCAAAAACCCUGAAGCUGGUCAACAUUUAAUCACGGAACUCGAAAAAUAUUUGGAAGAAACGGAACAACCGCAAUUCAAUAAUUUAGGAAAUCUCGCGGAAUUAUCUCUUAAAGCUUAUAACGAAGAUCGUACAGAACCAAUGUUAGCGCAAAAUGUCUCCGUUUUCGAAAAAUUACACAAUUUACGUGCCACAAUCGGUGACAAAAUCGACGAACUCAAGGCCGCCGAGCAAGAUCGCUUGGAACGCGAGAAACGUGCGUUGGAAGAAAAGAUGCGCAAGGCCGAACUCGAACGUGAAUACCACAAUUUGUUGGAUAAAAUCGAUUCGGCGUACCGACAACACAACGCCUACUUGCAAAAUGUCGAAACGUUGGUGCCACAAAUCAAAACCCCCGAAUCCGGUGAACAUUUGUCGAAAGAACUCAACAAAUACAUUACCGACGUUGAACAACCGCAACUCGAUGACUUGCAAAAGUUGUCAGAAAUGUCAAACCGAAUCUACGGCGAAGACCGAACUGGACCAACGCACAACCAAAAUCUCAUUUUAUUCCAAAAUUUGCACAAAGUCAAGGGAGAUAUUGAUCGAAAGGUGUAUGACUUGAUGGAACUUGAACGCGCGAAGCAAGAAGCUCAAAAACGUGAGAUGGAAGAAAAAAUGCGACAAGCCGAAAAUGAGCGUCAAUACAAUAAUUUGGUUGAUCAAAUUGAGGCAGCGACUCGUCGUCAUCACGGAUAUUUAGAAAAUGUGAAAAAACUCGCGCAAAUGAUAAAAACUCCCGAAGCUGGGGAACAUUUAGCGCGUGAAUUGGAAAAGUACAUUAACGCGAAUGAACAACCUCAAUGGGAUGAUUUGAAAAAAUUAGCGGAAAUGUCAAAUACGGCUUACGGCGAAGAUCGUACAGGCCCCUUGUAUAACGAAAAUAUCGAACUUUUCAAGGAAUUCCAUAAGCUCAAGUCGGAUAUUCAUGAUAAAGUUCGUAAUUUGCGCGAAGAGGAAGCGGCUAAGAUGGAACAGGAACGCUUAGCGUUGGAAGCCAUGAUGAAAGCGGCUGAAGAUGAACGAGCCGCUUUGGAAGAGCAACGUAAAAAGGCUGAGGAACAACGACGCGCUUUGGAGGAACAACGUUUGAAGGAACAAGCUCAAUUAGCGUUACUCGAGGAGCAACGUAGACAAGAAGAAGAAGAGCGUCUCGCACUCGAAGAGCAACGAAGACGUGAACAAGCUCAAUUAGCCUUGCUCGAACAACAACGCUUGAAAGAACAAGCCGAACGAGAUCGUUACGAGGAAGAAAGAAAACGCAAAGAACUCGAACAUGCCGCUUUGGAAGAUCAAAAACGUAAAGAAGAAGCGAUGCGAUUUGCUUCGUACGAACCUCCGAGCUUCACAGAGCCCUUGGGUGAUGCAACAGUUACUGAAGGCGAUAAAUUCCAAUUUUCAUGCAACGUUAAAGGAUUCCCCGAACCAACAAUUCAGUGGUACAAAGAUGGCGUUGCGAUCGCCAAAGACUCUGAUUACAAAACUCACUGCGAAAAUGGACUUUGCACACUUACGAUUGACGAAACUUUAACCGCUGAUUCUGCAAUUUUCACUUGCAAAGCUUCCAACUCCGUAGGAGUUGCGGAAACUGCAGCAAAAUUAUUCGUAAGAGAAACUUCGCCGGAAGAGGUUAUGACGCCGCCCAUGUUUGUCAAACCGCUUCAAAGCGGAACGGCUCGCGAAGGAAAAAGUUACGUGUUGCGAUGUGUCGUCACAGGAAAUCCCUUGCCAACAGUUCAGUGGUUCAAAAAUGACGUUAAUGUCGAUAAUUCACCGGAUUAUAUCAUUAAUUAUAACAAUGGCGAAGCAACAUUGAAGUUUGAAGAAGUCUUUUUGGAAGAUCAAGCGGUUUUCAAAUGUAAAGCGACUAAUUCUUCGGGUACUGAGGAGACAAUUGCGCAAUUGACGGUUGAACCUAUUGAACCAACGGAAAUGCCAUUCUUCCGUGUCCCAUUGUCGAAUGUCAUGGCACGCGUUGGUCAAAAAAUCAAGUUGGAAUGUGAAGUUGUGGGAAUUCCCACUCCAGAAGUGUUUUGGCUGCAUAAUGAUAAGCCAUUGACGAGAGGAGAUAUAAAGGUGCAUUAUGAAAACGAAAAGGCGAGUUUAGUCAUAAAUGAGGCGUUCCUGAAAGAUGCUGGCGUGUACACAAUAACCGCAAAAAAUAUCGCCGGAGAAGUAUCAAGUGCCAGUAGCGUUUGUGUCAAAGGAAAAUUACCCCACGAAACGAGUGACAGCGAAGCUGUGAGCGAUAUGGAGCCAAUUAAGCCAUCCGUUCAACUGCCCUUGAAAAAUGUGGCAGUUUUCGAAGGAAAACCCGUGCGUUUGGAUUGUGUCAUUAUCGGAGUGCCCGAACCUGAGGUCAUUUGGUAUCACAAUGAACGUCCCGUCAAAGAAAGUGCCGAUGUUCAACUACUUUUCCAAGGGGAUCGUUGUUCGUUGGUCAUUCACGAAGCUUAUCUCGAAGACGCGGGCGAGUACAAAGUUUUCGCCAUCAAUUCCGCUGGUGAGGCUUCGAGUCAUUGUACUUUGUCAGUGACUCCGUUGAACUUGGCAGAGCCUGCAGUGCGAAAACCGCCAGAGGAAAAAGCCGUUUCCACGGAUAUUCCGCCGAAAUUCGAAAAAUUACUCACAGACGUGCUGUGCGUCGAAGGUGACUUCAUCGAGUUGGAAUGCACGGUCUUUGGCUCGCCAUUGCCCGAGAUUAAAUGGUGCUUGAACAACAAAGAUGUCGUCGAGGACCAACGUGUGCAUGUGCUUGCGCAACCCGACGGCGUCGUUCGCCUAAAAAUAGAAGAUGCACGUCUCGAAGAUAAGGGUGUGUACACUGUCAAGGCCACGAAUUCCGCUGGCGAGGCAAAAUGUUUCGCGCAUUUGAUCGUAAAACCCAUCGUAAAUGCCGCCGAGACGCAAACCGACACCGAACCAGCCGAAGAAAAAUUAAUUCACCCCUCGUUCAAGGAACUUUUCGCCGAUAUCACGGUCCCCGAAGGCGGUUCAGCCAAAUUUGAGUGUAUCGUUAAUGGUCGUCCCGCGCCAAAAGUUCGUUGGUUAUUCAAUGAUCAACCGAUCCAAGGCAAAACUUUCCUCCCAAGCACCUCAGGGGAUCGCCAAAUCUUGUUUAUUCCUGAAACGAGCAAGGAAACUGUGGGAAAAAUCUCUUGCGUCGCCGAAAACGAAGUAGGUCGCGCCGUUUGCAUCGCCUAUUUACAAAUUGUUCCAUCAUCGACACUCGCUGUCGUUGCCGAACCACCGCAAACAACGACGAAUGAAAAUAACAUCACAAACGUCACGAAUAUCACAAAUGUUCGUAACAUCAACGAGUACAUCACGUCGACCACGAACAAAGUCAUCGAAAAUGGGGACACGAAACACAGCGAAACGCACACCAAGCAAGCGGUUCACGAUCAAUCCAUCAAACGUGUGGGCGAAGAGGAGCCUGUUGUCUACGAAACGCGACAUCUGGAUGAGUCACGAACUGUCGAAAAAGGCGAAAAGCUCGAAAUUAAGGAAGCCAAAGACGUUCAAGAGUCAAUUAUUGCGACUUCGGGACAAAUUUCCACGGGAAAACCAGCGAGAAAGGCAAUGCCGCCGCGUUUGGUGACGCCGUUCGUUGGAAAAAUUGUCGAUCAGCAUCAAGAUGUCGUCUUUGAAGCAACCUUUGAUGGUUUUCCGACGCCUACGCUUGAACUCACGAAGAACGGAAAUCCCUUGGAGAUGGAAUUGGGACGAGUUACAGUCAAUAGGGACUUGAAUACGGUCAAGGUAGAGCUGAAAAAUGUAAAUGUUAAUGAUGCGGGAAGGUAUUCGUGUACAGUUUCGAAUCCUGCAGGGUCAGCUGGAUGUACGGCGGAUCUCGUUGUUAAAAAACACGUCUUCCCUCCAGUUUUCUGCCAUCGCUUAUCAUCCGCAAUUGUCACAGUCGACGAGCGCUUAAACUUGGAAGUAACGAUCACCGGAACACCCGAACCAACUGUUACUUGGUUCAAGGACGACGUUCCCAUCAAUGAUGCGAAAUUAUCUCCAUUCAAAAUCAGCAGAGCCGACAAUUCAUACAAAUUGAUCAUUGAACAUGCUCAAUUAUCCGACGCUGGAAAAUACAUGGUUCGUGCUACAAAUGGAGGCGGCGAAGCCCGAAGCUUAGCUGACAUUGUAAUUCUCGAGAAAUCCGCCGCUCCGGAACCCGUUGUGCAUAUUGCGCCUCCGCCAAUUCAGGCAAUUCAACGCGAAAUGCAACAACUCGAGCCAAUGCCCUUCAAGCCAGAUGCUCCUCGUUCGAAACCUGCCAAAGUUCCCCCUCCGCCAUCUCCUUCGAAAUUCAUCAAGGGCGAUUUCCACGAAAGUGACUACGAAAGCGACGUUUCUUUGCACUAUCCAACUCGUUCGCAAUACAAACCCGUUCGUCCUCUUCUAACACCAACAGCUGGCGGAAGAAGCACUCUUGGCAGAACGCCAACUCCUCCAACGGAAUUCGAUCGCCCGCCAACUUUCGAAGGUCCUCCGCGCCCGAAAUUCCAACCGAUCGAGAAGCAAGUCGAAACAAAACCCGCGAAAAAAGCUCCGCAACCGCAAGUUGUUCGACCAAAACCGAUGCCAGCGAAGCCAAUGCCCGUUUUGCCGCCGCAAGAACCCCCAGCGCAAGUUCAGUACCAACAUCACGUGCAACAAAUGCAAAGUCAAUAUCAACAAAAUUUGCAGCAACAAAAUUAUCAACAACAACAGCAAAAUCAUCAGCAGCAACAACAUCACCGAAGACAUCACGAAGAAAAAGUUCAUCGCGAAGUUUAUCAUUCGGAGCCAGUUACGCACACUUAUUACACGGCAGUUGCGGGAGUUCCGAAACAUUUGAGCAACGCAGUCGCUACUGAGACCUCGAAGCACAUGCAAAUGAAGGAAUCGACAGAAAAGAGUCAAAGAACGGUAAAUGUCACGCAUACGAGACGCGUAAUUGCGUUGGAUGAUCAUCAACGAAUGCACAAGGAAGAGCAAAAGUUAGAGCCUUUCCCGUAUCAAGCGCCUCCAGUUUCAAUGCGUACGAGACAACGUGUUCCUCCUCCGCCGACGCCAACGAAAUUCAUACCAGGUGAAUUCCGUGAAAGUGAUUACGAGUCUGAGGUCGACAAUGCUCGCAUCCGUCCUCUCUGGACCCCGAAUCCCUUCGACGAACACGAUUUACGUUAUCGUCCCGUUCGCCCAGCCUUGCAUGGAGGUCGAGCCACGAGUGUUCCUCGCUCCUACGAACGCGUAAUGACCCCCAUGGAGUUCGAUCACGGCCCCAUUAUGCCUUCAAAGAUCGACGUUUUGGCUGAACGCGACUUGUACACGAACACGACGCAAACUCUGGAUCGCGCCGCCUUGAAAAAAUCCAAAUCCAAGUCAAAAGUGACGCAAGACGACAUCACAAUCCGCAACAAAUUCGGCAGUUACAAAACUGUCGCCCAGAAUCAAGUCGAUUCAAUGAGUUCGCAAUUCAAGAACAAAGCGCACCAAUUCAUUCGGGACAUCAGCGAUGCUCGACAAGAGUAUAAACCGACGGUGAAACGUGCCAGCAGCGUUUAUGGCGACGAACGGAAGCCUCAAGUGUACCGCGACGAGAAUCGGGUGUCGGAAUAUGGCACAAAGCACAUUGAUCCCGACACGGGACUCAUUUACUUCAAAUACGAUUUUGGCUAUGAAUUUGGCAUCAUCUUCCCGGGCGAAGGUAAACGCGUUGUCGGCGGAUUUCGCGAUUGCAAAAGUGGCGGCAUGACACGCAACGAAAUCAGCGGUAAGCCGAGCGUGAGACAGGCGGGCGACAUUGAAGUGCCCGUUUUGCACGAAAAAUCCGGAUUGCCACAAUUGCCGCCGCCCCCAUCGGCAAUGAAACAAGAUAAAGCCUCGAAACGACACAGCUUGCCGGCACAUUUCGCGGGCGGAGAACCGCCGCACAUCAAUGUUCAAGACAAUUCCUGGAGCCAACAACACAAUUUACGCACAACCCCAAAUACGCAACAAGUCUUAUUUGGAAAUGUUGUGAACCAUGAAGAGCCAGAAGGGCCCAAAAAACCUCCACUUUUCAUCACACCCUUGAAGGAUAUCGCAGCGGUAAGUGGUCAAAGUGCCCGUUUCGAGUGCAUUGUACAAUGUGAACCGCAUCCCGACAUCACAUGGACCAAAGAUGGCGAAUUUGUGCAAAAUACCUGUCGCACCGUCGUCGAAUACCGAAAUGGAGUGUGUCGCUUGACAAUUCCUCAAGCUUAUCCAGUUGACGCUGGACAAUACAGCUGCACAGCAAGAAAUUGCUUGGGAACUGCGACAACCUCAGCCGAGUUGAUUGUUCCAACGGGACAUCAUGGAAAGAGGAGUGGCUUUAGGAAGUGAAAAAAAAUUUAGCGAAGCUUAGCUGGAUAAAAAAAGCUUUUGUUGUGCAAAAUAUAAAUUAUUCUAUAUUUAUUUAGCUUUUAAUGAAGAGAUAUCAACAGAAAAAAAUAUUUAUUGUAAAUGUAUUAGUGCCUUUUUGCAGCGAUUUGAAGCCAAAUGCAAGAAAAAUCUACGAAAUGUUUUAUUUUCCUUUUUACUCGUGCAAUGUAUUUGUAAUUUUUUGAACUUUUUUUUUGAAUGAAUUCAAGUAAAUAAAUUUAUUGCUUU